AUGGAUGAUGAUGAUGAAGGCAGGAGGGGAAAAGGAAUUCUCUGGGUGAGUGAAGUGGAUGGAAUGAGCGCGAGGGAGAAUAGUAUGGUCGAGUGUCGAUUUUGGUGCGGGCAGAUUGAAGAUCCAAGAUUCGAGACGGCAAUCAUCAAUUGUGGUGAAAGGAAAAAGAAUUUGCGGUUGGAUUGUUCAUCGAGAUUGAAGCAGAUGACUAAUCGAGAUUAA